CACAUUAAAAAAUGGAAGCCACUACUUGGGUUACAUAUGCAGCGGCUUGGCUGGGAGCUCUAGCCCUCCUCCUCCUCCUCUCCCGCCAUCUCCGCCGCCGCAAGCUUAAGUUGCCGCCUGGCCCAAAACCAUGGCCCAUCAUUGGAAACCUUAACCUCAUAGGCGAUCUCCCCCACCGCUCCGUCCAUGCCCUCUCCCAAAAAUAUGGGCCAAUCAUGCAGCUCAAAUUCGGAUCUUUUCCGGUAGUCGUGGGAUCCUCCGUAGAAAUGGCCAAGGCCUUCCUCAAAACUCACGAUGUCAACUUCGCCGGGCGGCCCAAGUUCGCGGCCGGCAAACACACAACUUACAACUACUCGGACAUCACUUGGUCCCCUUACGGCCCAUAUUGGCGCCAGGCUCGUAAAAUGUGCAUCAUGGAGCUUUUCAGCAACAAACGUUUAGAGUCAUAUGAAUACAUAAGAAGAGAAGAAAUGAGUGCUUUGCUUAGAGGCUUGUAUAAGUCCUCCAACACCAACAUUUUGCUCAAAGACCACCUCUCCACUGUGAGUCUUAAUGUUAUAAGCCGGAUGGUGCUCGGAAAGAAGUACACCGACGAGUCAAAGGAGGCGAUAGUCAGCCCCGACGAGUUCAAGAAAAUGCUUGAUGAGCUGUUCUUGCUAAGUGGAGUAUUGAAUAUUGGUGAUUCGAUUCCUUGGCUUGAUUUCUUGGACUUGCAGGGGUAUAUAAAGAGAAUGAAGGCUCUGAGCAAGAAACUGGAUAAAUUCUUGGAGCAUGUGUUGGAUGAACAUAUUGAGAAGAAGAAGGCAAAGGGCUUUGUUGCAACAGAUAUGGUUGAUGUGCUCUUGCAGCUAGCGGAUGAUCCCAACCUUGAAGUUAAGCUUGAGAGGCAUGGAGUCAAGGCCUUCACUCAGGACCUAAUUGCUGGUGGAACAGAGAGCUCAGCAGUGACGGUAGAGUGGGCAAUGUCGGAGCUUCUAAGGAAGCCGGAGAUUUUCAAGAAGGCAACUGAGGAGCUAGACAGGGUGAUCGGAAGAGAACGAUGGGUCGAGGAGAAGGAUAUUGUUAACUUGCCUUUCAUUGAUGCCAUUGCCAAGGAAACCAUGAGGCUGCACCCCGUGGCACCCCUGUUGGUGCCAAGACUAGCACGUGAAGAUUGCCAAGUAGCUGGCUAUGACAUUCCUAUGGGCACCAGAGUUCUAGUAAGUGUGUGGACAAUAGGAAGAGACCCUAACUUGUGGGACAAUCCGAAUGAGUUCUGCCCUGAAAGGUUCGUCGGUAAGGAUAUUGAUGUCAAAGGCCAAGACUUUGAGCUGUUGCCAUUUGGGUCAGGGAGGAGGAUGUGCCCUGGUUACAGUCUUGGCAUUAAGGUCAUUCAGUCGAGUCUGGCGAAUAUCUUACAUGGUUUCAGAUGGAGAUUGCCUGGCGGCAUGAAGGAAAGAGAUUUGAAUAUGGAAGAAAUUUUUGGGCUUUCAACACCCAAAAAGUUCCCUCUUGUCGCUGUCGCCGAACCUCGUCUUCCUGCUCAUGUUUACUCACUAUGAUUUAUGGUUUUACUAUCAAUGGCUUUUCGUGUAUGCUAAAAUUUCAUAUGUAAGACUUUGUUUUGUCAUCGCCCCAUUAAACAAGGUAAUAUUUAUAUCUCUAAAAUUUCAUAUGUUA